UCGAAAACAAAAAGAGUAAAAAGUGAACAAAUAAACGAAAAGCUAGCUAGAUUGUUGAUUAAGCUAAGUAUCUCUAUACAACUACUUGGGUUGUCUAUAACAUGUAUAACAUCACCAAUAUCAAAAUCCUUUUUUUCUCCACCCAAAAAAAUGAAUAAUAAUGAUUAUAAUGGAGAAAGAUCAUCAACAUUAAGGCCAUGGGUAUACUACCCAAGUAGUAGCACACAAAUAUCAACAAAUCCUCCAAAUUACUACAAACAACAAGGACCUUGGAAGGCUACCACUAAACCAUUUAAUGCUAUUUCUUUUGGGUUUGUUGCAACAGCACUUCUUAUAUCUUUGUUUCUUAUUAUGGCCAUUCUAGAACACUUGUUUCGAUCUCACCCUAAUCAUGCCUCGUCCUCGUCUUCGUCCUCUUCCUCUUCCUCAUCUCGUGAUGGCAAUGGGUUGGACUCGGGAUCAUUCAUCAAAUCUAUAAAUCAUCCGAUGCAGGUAAUUACAAGGAAUGGAAGAGAUUUGUCGGUGGUAAUGCCAGGACAAAAGUAUCCAACUUGUAUAGCUCAUCCUACUCCUCUACUUCCUUCUCCUUCUCCAAGGGAACCCUUUCACCAUUGAUUCCUUUAAUUUUUUGGCUACUUCAUGAGAGAUUGCAACACCAGUAAUUGACACAAGUAUUAAGAAUUUGAUAGACACUGUUACAUUGUAUCAGUAAGAUUAAAAGUGAGAGAAAAUAAAAAAAAAAUGUGUUAAUAAGGUUAUCUAUAUAGAAAUAUUGCAAAGUAAUACAGUAAAGAGGGAGUAAUACUUAUCUAGAAAAGUUACCUAGGUUUGCUUGAUGGGUAUUAAUUUAGCAUAUCUUUUAGUCUUGUUAAAACAAUAGUGUUGUAAUACUAUUUAUGGUAAUUGGUGGUAAAAAAAUGUUCAAGAGUUGUCAAAUGUUUUUGAAUAUGUUCAUUGUUCAACAAUUCUCAGAUCAAAUGAGUCUAA